UUGAAUAAUCGGUGCAAUCGGGGGGCCGUUAGUGUCCAUCUCUCUCUCGCUCUGUCGCUCUCGCUCCGUCUCUCGGUCACUGGUACGCUUAGAAACGCACUGCACCAUUGGGUGGGGGAGGAUAGUGGCGUUUGGUUCGGAUUCUUACGUUUCGCCGUGUUCCCGUGGUCGCCCGGGGAUCGCUGUCCCGCUGUUCCGCUGCUACUCAACGUAUCGCCCCCACCCCCCGGGCGGGGACCGGGUGGUUGUGAAAGGGAAGCUGCACGGCCCGCCUCCCGCUGACUCGCGCGUGGCCCUCGCACGUGCGAGCCUUUCGAGGUCGGUCCGAGGCUCCUCCAUCCGGCAGCCAAACGUGCGCGGUGUGUGGGGCUGUGCGAGUGUGUGCGUGUGCUGCCGGAAGUGUCACCUGGGCCUCGUCGCGGGUUACGUAGAAGGGUGCCGUGAGUUUGUGCGCUCGGUGGCCUUCAACUUCGGGGCCGAGCCAGUGAUGUCGAGCUGAGCGAACCCGCUGUGGAUGCGUAGUAUAAGCGACGGCAGCUCGAGAAUCGCAUUUUUAUGACCAGCCAACCGCGAACGGCGCCACCGAACUUUCCAAGCGCGCCUCAGCCUCACCACCACCACCACCACACCGUAACAGCGCUGCGCUCGGGGAACGGUGAAAGUUUCGAGGCCAGCGCUAGGAACCACUAGUUUACCCCCGCGCUGCGAGAUUGCCGAGGUAAGUGGCGGUGGCCGCUGCCCGCCGUUCGUCUGUACGUCACUCAUGUUCACCCUCUAACCGGAAGGCCUUCUGCCAGGGCUGAAGGCAGCAGCGCGGAGGAGAAAGCUAGCCUCUGCUGGCCGCGCCUGCAGUGCAUCGAAGGCCGCGGCCAUCAACCCCCCACGCCCCACCCCUUCCCAGUAGUGGAGCAUCAUCAAUCAACCACUGGGCCAGUCGGUUCGCGCACCCCAUAACGAAGCCACCUUGCGUUGCUCGACCGGGAUCUAAUAUGCCAGUGAUAUCAGCGUACUCGUCUAGUGGCAGUAGUUACAUCUCAACGAGCCGGUACCCAAAAUCAAGCUACUCCGACCGAAAGUAUUACCCGUCGCUGUCGAGCGGUAUCAGCAGCACCAGCAGCAGCGGUGGCCUGUAUCGAAAGAGCUCGUACCGCUAUGAGCUACCGCUGUCGCCGGUCGCCUCGUCCUCUAGCUACUACACUCGAGAGAAUCGUGACACGUACCGUGCCGGCGAAAGCAGCCACAGUAGCCACACGCAAGGAGCAGUAACUAACGGCGUAAGUGCUACUGCCACCAGCACAGGCAACAGCAGUGGGGCCAACGCGAACACUACCACCCCCACUAGUAGUGCGUCCACGUCCGCGAUCAGUAGCAACACCAGACCGAACCGCUAUUCGUCGACCUACAGUGGCUACGGCACACUUGGCAGCUCGUCGUACAGUCGAGACUACUCAUACACACGUGGUGUAACCAGUAGUGGCAGCAGCAGUAGCAGCAGUAGCUACGUCUCGAAUCUGCGCAAUACCGCACUGUGUGGGGCCGAGCUGUAUCAGCGCUACAGCCUUUCCACGUUCAAGCCUGCUCCGAGUAUCGUGUCCCGUGCAACGACUGGUGGAGCCCCACAAUCCGUCAGCAGCCUCGCUUCGAUACGAGGCUCGUCACCAAUCGUUCCUUCGCUGGACGGCACCAAGAUCACCAACAACAACAGCAACAGCAGCAGCAGCAGCAACAGCGGUGGCAAGGCGACGAUCAAACUGCGCCCAUCGGCGUCAUCUCGCUCGGCGACAGCGGCAACAGCAGCAGUGGCGCCGGCGGCCACGUCGACAGCAGGCCCAGCAGCAGCAGCAGCAGCAGCAGCCGCAGUAACAGUAGGAACAACCGCCCCGAACUCGAGUGUCCCCAAUGGUGGUGGGGUCGCGAGUGGCGCCAACUAUGGUGGGGUGGCGUCGGUGGUGGUGGUCGGCUCCUCGAAACCGUCCACCCUAGCGACGGUUUCCGCUACGACCGAUGAUCUGCGGGGAGAGAGCAACAGCAGCAGUCGGACAGGUGCGGACGGUGACGGCGACUUCCACGUCACGGCCACCAUCCGCAUCAAACCCAAGGGCAUCGGUCUGGUGCACCAGACAGACAGACAUGACAGUAAAAGUAGAAAUGGCGGUGUUGGCGGCAACAGUAGUAGUAGCACUAGUCUUAACUUCAAGCACGUAGACAACGAUGAGAGCAGCAAUCAGGCGAACAAUAACAUUCAAGCGACCAACAACAAUGUCCACGUGCCGGUGGCCGGUGGCCCAACCUGCAGCAAAAAUGGAAACCACAACAACAACAACAACAAUAUCAACAACAACAACAAUAACAGCAGCAACAGCUACGAAAGUGCAAACGGACUUAUCAAAAGUAGUAGCGACCGUAGCGGCGGCAGCAGCAGCAGCAGCAGCAGCAGCAGCAGCAGCACCAGCAACAACAGCAUUAGCGGCGCCGUCACCAAGCCCACCCUCAUCACCACCAACACCACCACCACCACCACCACUACAAUUACGAGCACCGCCACCACGGCGACGACGGUAGGGAGUACCAAUAGUAGUGCCAACAGCACGCUUAAUGGACACGAUGACUCCGUUGAAGAGAAACCGAAAGCAAACGAUGACGAUAGAGUAAGCUAUCUCCGGACGGGUAGUAGCUCGAAAGGGCUCUCGUCGGCAUCGAACAGUUAUCGAAGCAGCAAGGACUAUGAUGCCGCCUACCGUGUGCCUUCGUCGUCCACGAGUGGGUCGACGGCGUUGCAAAAGUCCAACUACGACACUGGUUACGAUACUACCGAUUCCGUGCGCGGUCGGAAAGAAGGUUUGUGUGGAUUGUGGAAUAUUGGCAACACGUGCUUCAUGAACUCCAUGAUCCAGUGCCUGAGUCACACUCGUGAGCUGACGUCUUUCCUGCGCAGCCAGUCAUCGAACGAGCGUGGCACUAACAAAGAUCAUCGGAUUUUAGCCGAGUAUACCAAGCUUAUUAAAGACAUGUGGAGUGGCACUCAGCGUAGUGUCAACCCGUCCGAACUGAAGUACGCCUUCUCCAGCAAACAUCGAAUGUACUCCGGUUCUGCCCAGCAGGACGCGCAGGAGUUUUUACGCUUUUUCCUGGACUCCCUCCACGGCGCGUUGAAUGCAGCCGUGAAGCGCGAUCCGCUCGGUGAACUCGAUGACGACAUGAGCAAUCGUUUCAAGGCGGAUAUGCUAUGGGAAUGGUAUUCGAAGGCGGAAAACUCCGUUAUUAAAGACCUGUUCGUCGGGCAGCUACGUAGCACGCUCAAAUGUACGUACUGCAGCACCGAAAGCACAAUGUUCGAUCCCUUCUGGGAUCUGAGCCUACCGCUACCGACGUCCAAUUCACGGUGCAAAUUGGAGAAUUGCCUGGAAAUGUUCAUCAAGGAGGAGGUGCUCGACGGGAUCGAUCAACCGACCUGCUCCAAGUGUAACAUGCGACGAAAGUGCACCAAAAGCCUGACAAUAGAGCGGUUUCCAAAAUAUUUGGUUAUACAUUUGAAGCGUUUCUCCGAAACCAGAUGGAGCAAGCUGACCAACGUUAUAGAGUUUCCUACCGGCGACCGGGAGCUUAACUUGCAGCCAUAUGCGUCCGAGGAUCAUUCGGGACCAGUGACCUAUUCGCUUUACGGAAUUUCCAAUCACAUGGGAUCCACUGCUGGCGGGCAUUACAUUGCCGUCUGUAAACACCCCAUCACGAAGGAAUGGAAUGAGUUCAAUGACAACUUUGUCAGCGAAACAUCGGAACGUAGUUUGGUGACAUCCAGUGCCUAUGUCUUGUUUUACGAGCGUGCCUAGAAUACUUGUUUGGAUACUGUGCAAAUUGUUAAAAACCGUGAUGAUUUCUGAAGGAAUUCUUCCCCUAUGGCAAAACGAGAGCUACCUGGCCGAAGUCCAGACAGGACUGUCAGCAGGCGUUCGUAUCUGUGUGAAUAAAACAAACUAACCAAAUAUUAUAAAUACGUUUAGAGUCAUACAGAAGUAAGAGACUUAUAAAGAGCAGGAACGAAAAAUGUACGAAAAUACUCUAAAAAGAGCUCUAGUACUCGUAGAGCGCUGGAAAGCAUAAGGGGUAAAAUUACAUUUGCCCCAUUAUUUUCACCAACUAAACUAUUCGCUAGGCGUCAGAUACAUGACAAACGAAUCUGUCUCUUCCUUAAAUAUUUGGCAGUAUCAGGAAUUGAAAACUAAGGGCGUAGAAUAGAUUCAUUCAACAAAUUAUAAUCUAACCGACCGAGAGAAAAGAUGAAUGCGAGUUAACGAAUGAGAUAGGAAAUGAACAACGAAAACACACAGAGAGUGAAAACUAUUUUAAAUAUUCUUCUUGAGAAGCGAGACGGUUAGGAGAGAUAGAGCAUGGAUUAUAAAUAACAGAAAACGAAAACAAAUCCGCGGAACGAGAUAACGAACAUGGUUUGUUAAAUUAUCUAUUUAUUUAUUUAUUUAUUUAUUUAUUUAUUUAGUCUUAUGAAAGAGUGAGGGCCAUUCAACGUACGAUGUAGCCGGACGCGAUCCGAUGUACUAACGAAAUGUUUAACACACCACGUUACGGUCGUUGGGACAGGCAAGAAUAGGCGAGCAGGCGUGGACUGUGUAAAUUUUAGAAUUACACCAAGCUAGAGCUGAGUUGGUUAGCUGAGCGUCUUAAUGGAACGGACCAGAGCUCCGUUGGUGAAACAGACAAAUCAAAUAGGCAUACCUGGCAUGGCCAAGUUAGUAACAUCACGAUCGCAUGGAAUGGGAAAUUGUGGCCCAGAAGCUUUGUUGUUAGCUAUUUACUUUUAUUGCUAUUUUUUUUUUAUUUAAGCCAAGAUUUACUUAACGUUGAUAUGGAAACCAUGAUACACCACACGAAUAUGCCAAAAAUAUGCCCUGUCCAGCGUGACAGGGGUGUUUGGCGCGGGGCCAACCACUCCGGUCCGGUAAAAACCCCCGAACGGUCACAGAAAGCAACAAAGGGCAAAGAGACACCAAAACUAGGUCUAGUGAAACAUUCUCUGCUACAGUGGGGAGGAUGUACGGUGACCUGUUACACAAUUUGUUAGGACAGUUCGCAACCGUUGUUAGGUUUUUUGUUUCUGCUCACAAGCCACACAAACCAAAUAAGCCAACCAGGGCGAAGGUAGGCCCGGUAGAGAGUCAAUUCACGUGCCCCCCCUUCGGGCGUUCCAGAAUCGUAGCAAUAGAGCCUAAGCAGACAGACGGCACGGUUGUAUUUAUGGAACAUGUGUUAGAUCUUUCUUUAAAACAAUUGUUGCGUUUUCGUUUCGUUUCGAAUGAAUAAAACCAUAUGUGAUCGAUGUAC